AUGAUUGAUGAUCCCACCACUUUCAACAACUCCCUCUGCUCCUACCAUGAUCUUAUCAACCUUAUGGAGCUCAUAUCCUACUGCAUUAUCAACAAUAACCUCCACUGGGAUGUCCGCCUCUUGAAGAAGUUUGGCCAUGUGAUACCCUUUCUCGGAUGGUCUUGCUUCGGUGACAAGAACCUUGAACCUCAAUAA